AUGGAGCCAUUCCGUGUGCAUCUCAACUGUAUCGAUCAUUACCAGGCGACCGCGUCGGAGUUGGAUCCUCCACUACCUUUUCGUGAUGAGGUCUCAGAGAAAGAUUUUAAGCCUAAGGUGCCUAUCAUUCGAAUAUUCGGAGCCACCGAGACCGGCCAGAGAGUUUGCGUGCAUGUCCAUGGCACAUUUCCAUACCUCUACAUUGAAUACAACGGUUCCUUGUCGCCAGAAGAUGUAAACUCGGCAACCAGAACUCUUCAUCUCUCAAUCGAUCAUGCUCUAGCAGUCAGUUUUCGCCGAAAUGCAUAUGACCGGAGGACAGCGUUUGUGGCGCACAUCACCUUGGUGAAAGGAGUCCCGUUCUACGGAUACCAUGUGGGAUAUCGGUUCUUCUUCAAAAUUUAUCUUUUAAACCCCUCCCAUACAAAUCGCCUGGUUGAUCUUCUGCACCAGGGAGCUGUGAUGAAACGUCCGCUUCAACCCUACGAGGCACAUGUGCAAUAUAUUCCGCAAUGGAUGUGUGACUACAACUUGUACGGAUGUGCAACCAUGAACUGUAGUCAGGUCAAGUUCCGAGCACCGGUGCCUGAGUAUCUCGAGCUCAGCAAUCUAGCCCAUCGCUGGCACGAUCGCUCAAUCCCACCUGAGAGCAUACUCGACCACCCUGCAUUACAGAAGCAAAGCAAUUGCGCAUUAGAGGUUGAUAUCUGUGUUCAAGAUAUCCUGAACCGCCUUGAUGUAAAAGAACGGCCUUUACACCAUGAUUUCACUGAGCUUUUGAAACCUGUCGCGGUUAGCGAGCGGCUCGUUCCUAGUAUGGCUGGACUGUGGCAGGAUGAAACCCGCAGACGCAAAAAAAGGAUGGGCAUUACUGAUCCCGGAAGCACCCCGUUUGGACCCGAGGAAUUGGUUUCAAUGUCUGCGGAUCCAAGAGAUCAGUCGAGAAGUGGUUGGAUACACGAGGAAGAAUUUCGUGAGAUGGCUGCUCAGCUUGCUGCUAAUGAGAAACACCAGGAUGGCAACAAUGAUACGUCAUUUGGGACAUUCUUGGAUUCUGACGAUCUAGCCAAAAAUGUCAAGACUGCCUUGGAUAGUGUUGAGGACUUCUUUCCUGACAAAAUCAGUACUUUGGUCUUUGAUAGCAGCUUUUCCCAGCAAUCAGUCGAGCAAAAUGUACCGGAAAUCUCGGUUGAUGAGGAUCUCGCUUUGUCCUCUCAAAACGACGGACAGUAUUACUCAGAUUCUGAUCAAGGAGGGAACUCAUUGGAAGGGCGAACCGAACAGGAUCCUGAAACGAAAGAGGACCUGCUGGGCGAGAGCUUUUACGAUGAGGUCUUUGACGAAAUGCCCUUUUCAGAUGUGGCCGCACUUGCGGAGCCUGCUGAGACUAGCAACCUCAAAGCAACUAUGGAUGGUGUCUACAAGGAAGGAAUUUCUGAAGCCCAAGAAAAAAGGCCCAGAGACCCGAGUCAAAGCAGAAGUGUAGCCCCUAAAAGACAAUACUUUGAAACUCUCGAUUCCCCCCAUUCGCCUACCAAAAGACCUAGACAUAUGGCCAAACACGGUAUGUCCGACGGACCAUUGGAAACACACAACACGCGGAAGCACCAGCAAGAUGACAAACAGAAAAAUGUCUCCUUUGAUAGCAAGUUGGAUUCGUCCGCGGAAACCCCGUCAUCAGAACCAAAAUCAUCUUCCUCGCAGAGGACAGUCCGUCCAAAGGCGCAUAGUUACACCAGCGGUUUGAAAUUCCCGGUAGUCAAGGACCCCGGUGAUCCUUUGACCAUUUUGCGCUACAGCCAAGAUGAGGCAAAUUCUUCAAAAAAAGACCUCGAGUCACCCCAACAUCUCUUUUCUUUCCCUUCUGGAUCUGCCACGGAAUUGUCAGGCGAAACUAGUGAAACCCAGAGGUCAUCAAAGCUACAUUCCUCUGCAACAGUGAUGGGUCCAGUCUCUCUCGAUCCGCAUCUCGCCGAGACCAUGAAAAACAUCCAUCAAUCAUUCAAUUUUACACCAAACACAUCAUUACGUUUCUUCAAAUUUGCCAGCCCAACUUCUACGGAAGUCAGUUCGACAAUAAAUGAACAUGGGCGUCCUUCUGUUGUAUAUCAAAGAGCAUUUUACAGUGAUGAAACGGAUGUGCCGGAACGACCACGAGAAUAUGGUGGCAGAGAAUUUCGGCUGGAGAGCAACACAAUUCACUAUCUACCCGAUUUUGACCCAACGGCAGAGGGCCCUGCAAUGUAUGGUGAGCAGAUACAAGCAACACACGACCAAGAUCAGCAAGGAAAGGUUGAUCGACAACUCCGAGAAAGGUGUACGGCGAGAGUCUGGGAGUUUGCACCUGUUCCGCCAAGUCGGUUGGACGUCAUACAGUGGUUUAAAGAGUUGGAGGCCUCGCAAGAACCUAACCAAAAACCAGCCCAAGCCAUGCCUGCUCAAAUGAAAUCAGACUUCCUCUCACAGAUCGAGGGCCCCACACAGAAGAACGCACAUGGCUUCAAAUACUCGCAGCAUGGAGUGUCCACUAGCGUGGAACAUCAGGCCCAACACAUGAGCACAAUGAGCUUAGAAGUGCAUGUGAACACGCGCGGAACUCUAAUGGCCAACCCCGAAGAGGACGAGAUCACUUCCUUGUUCUGGUGCGUCCAAUCCGAAGACGAAGAUCUUGAAGUCAAUAGUCAUCUUCCAGGAGUUCAUGUUGGGAUGGUUUACCACGGGGAAGGCGAGAGGCCGGAAGCCAAAAUUUCCAAGGCAUUGACAAUUGAGAUCGAGUGUGAGCCAACGGAACUGGACCUUAUAAACCGACUCAUAGACAUUGUCCGGUACCACGAUCCGGACAUUAUCACGGGAUAUGAGGUCCACAAUGCUUCUUGGGGAUACGUGAUUGAGCGAGCGCGCAAGAAGUACGACUUUGACAUCUGCGAGGAGCUUUCAAGGACCAAAUCUCACUCUAAUGGACGAUUCGGCAAAGAGACAGAUCAGUGGGGGCACAACCACUCAUCAUCCAUUCGCAUCACUGGGCGACACAUGUUCAAUAUCUGGCGCGCUAUGAAAGGCGAGCUGAAUCUUCUACAGUACACCAUGGAGAAUGUUGUCUUCCAUGUCUUGCAUCGGCGAAUUCCUCAUUAUUCCCCCGAAGAACUGACGAAAUGGCACCAAAGCGGCAAACCUCGCAAUCUCCUCAAAGUCGUGGAAUAUUUCACCUCUCGUGUGCAAAUGAAUCUGGAAAUUAUCGAGGCCAAUGAAUUGACACCAAGGACAAGUGAGCAGGCGAGAUUGCUGGGUAUUGAUUUUGCCUCCGUGAUUUCCCGGGGAUCCCAGUUCAAAGUUGAGUCUCUGAUGUUCCGAAUUGCGAAGCCAGAGAACUUUCUGCUCGUCUCACCAAGCAGAAAGCAGGUCGGACAGCAGAACGCACUAGAAUGCUUGCCUCUAGUGAUGGAACCACAAAGUGACUUCUACACUAGCCCACUCCUGGUGCUUGAUUUCCAGUCACUGUACCCGAGUGUCAUGAUCGCGUACAAUUACUGCUACUCAACCUUCCUAGGCAGAGCAAUGCACUGGCGCGGACGUGAUAAAAUGGGGUUCAUGGAUUACAAGCGCCAGCCCAGACUGCUCGAGUUACUAAAAGACAAGAUCAACAUCGCACCAAAUGGUAUGAUGUAUGCGAAGCAGGAAGCACGUCAGUCACUGCUAGCCAAGAUGCUUUCCGAGAUCCUCGAAACCCGUGUGAUGAUCAAAAACGGCAUGAAAGCCGACAAGGACGACAAGGUCUUACAACGGCUCCUAAACAACAGACAACUGGCACUUAAACUGAUCGCGAACGUCACAUACGGCUACACAUCUGCCUCAUUCUCAGGACGAAUGCCCUGUUCGGAAAUCGCCGACAGCAUCGUCCAAACCGGACGCGAAACCCUCGAAAAAGCCAUCGCUUUCAUCCACUCCAUCGAUCGCUGGGGCGCCGAAGUCGUCUACGGCGACACCGACAGUCUAUUCGUCUACCUUAAAGGCCGGACGCGCGACCAAGCCUUCGAUAUUGGCGAAGAAAUCGCCCAAGCAGUAACCGACCUGAACCCACGUCCGAUAAAAUUAAAAUUCGAAAAAGUCUACCACCCCUGCAUCCUACUUGCGAAGAAACGCUACGUAGGCUUCAAAUACGAGCACCGCAACCAAAAAGAGCCCGAAUUCGACGCAAAGGGCAUCGAAACUGUCCGCCGAGACGGAACACCCGCCGAACAAAAAAUCGAAGAAAAAGCCCUGAAAACACUCUUCCGCACCGCAGACCUGUCCCAAGUGAAAUCUUACUUCCAGCGCCAAUGCGCAAAAAUCAUGCAAGGCCGCAUCUCCAUACAAGAUUUCUGCUUCGCACGCGAAGUACGGCUGGGAACGUAUGCUGAGCGCAAUCUACCCGCCGGCGCGGUGAUAAGCACAAAGCGCAUGAUGGAGGAUCCACGCUCGGAGCCACAAACCGGGGAGCGCGUCCCGUACGUUGUUGUCACCGGUGCGCCUGGGUCGAAGCUUGUUGAUCGAUGUGUUUCGCCGCAGACACUUUUGGAUGAUGCGCAGCUUGAGAUUGAUGCAGAGUACUAUAUCACGAAAAAUAUUAUUCCGCCGCUAGAGAGGAUUUUUAAUCUUGUCGGUGCGAAUGUUCGUCAGUGGUAUGAUGAGAUGCCAAAGGUGCAGCGGAUUCGGCGGGUUGAGGGGUCGGCGGUUGCGAGGCCGAAUUCUCGUGCUGGUGGGGUUAGUAGGAAGACACUUGAGUCUUAUAUGCGGUCAUCUUCGUGUGUUGUCUGUCGGUCGAGACUGUCUGAUGCUGCAGUGCCUGUUUGUGGGGAUUGUCUGCAGAAACCACAUCUUACGUUGCUCGAUGUUGUGUCGCGGCUGCAGAGGGCGGAAAAGAGAGUCGUUGACUUGGAAGCUAUUUGUCGCUCUUGUAUGGGUGUUUCUCCUGGUGAUGAGGUUAGCUGUGAUAGUUUGGAUUGCUCUAUCUUUUAUUCGAGGACUAGAGAUGCUGCUAAUUGGAGACACUCCAGGGCUGUGUUGGAGCCUGUGGUUGAAUUACUGGAACGGAAGGGGGAUGAAGGAUUGGAUUGGUAA